AUGGAGGAAUCUUCUGAUUUGAAACGACAAAUCAAGGCUCUGGAAGAGCAAAAUGCACAUUUAUUAGAGCGUAGCCACCAAGUAGAGGAUGAAUAUCGGAAAGUGCUUGCCUUUAAAACCCUUAUGGACUCAUAUAAAGAACAAGUACAGCAAUUGGAAAUAGGAAACCGUGAGAUAAUCAAGGAAAAAACAAAGCUGGAAGAAGAGCUCGCCAAUAUGACGGAUACCUGUCAUUAUUUACAAGAUGAACGUGAUAGACAUAUGGAGCAGAUCCAAUUGCUAGAAGAGCAUAUCAAAGAAUUGGAGUUGGGCGACGGGCAAACAUUGGACAAGAUUGUUGCUGACCAUAGACCAAAAAUGGAAACCCUAAGAGCAUAUAAGGAGCAACUUCAAAAGGAUUAUGAAGCAGUUGUUCGAGAGAGAAAUGCACUACGAGAAGAUUUAUCGCACAUUAGAAACGGUAUUCCUGACUCACUUCUGAACCAAACGCAAACCAUCAUGUCCUUCCGUGCACGUAUCCUUGACCUUGAAAAGGAGUCAAGCCUCCUCAAACAAAAUAUGUUCACUUUGGAAACGAGCGUCUCAGAAGGCACUCGAAAUGUUGCCAAAGAUAAAGCAACAUUAGACAGGUUCGAAAAAGAGCAUGCUAAGCUGCAAGAUAAGACAAACAGGUUGGAGGAUAUGGUAAAAAUGCAAUUACACGAUAUCAACAGAAUGCUUGUAGAGGCCAAUUACCUGAAUGGUAUUAACGAUAACAGAAGCCAUAAUGAAUCAUUCGAAGAUAGACCAGGAUUAAGCAAUAAGGAUUUGGAGAUAAUCAAAGAGCAAAAUGCAAGCUUGCAAAUACAUGUGCUUAAUUUACAAGAAGAAAUCAACGAAACACAAGGCACCAGCAAAAAAGUGCGAGACAUGGUAAAACUUUACGGCCAAUUACUGCAAGAAAUGGCAGCUAGAUUCUCGAAUCUGCGCAGUUCAGACGAACCCAAUGGAUUAUCUGGUAGAAUUCCACGUACCAAAGAAGAAGAGUUUGAACUACUGAAGAAACAAAUUCACGAUGUUCGCCAGCAGUCAAAGAUUGAACAGCAGCUUAUUGUCUCUGCAUGGUAUGAUCUGGUAAAGCGCGCUGAUAGAGAUGCUUCCAGUCUUAUUUUCCGUUCCGCACCUUCGUCUUGGUUGGGAAGACAAAGGAAGGCAUUGGACGUUCAUCUAAGACAAAGAUUAUGCUAA